GUUUAUAGCCAGCUGAUCGUGGCCCGUUGAUGCGUGCCGUGAGUUGGCGUCACGCACAGCACGAGUUUAAGAAGACGUAUCACUAGGAAGGACUUUGGUUUCACCUUGUUAUGAAUCCAGCUGGAUAGAAGAACCGGAGCGAUGCCGAAGUACUGCUCGGUGCCGAACUGCAGGAGCGACUCCGGAACCAGCAGCGAGAGGAAGAGCUUUUACAAGUUCCCACUACAGGACCCAGUGCGCCUGCAGCAGUGGCUGAGGAACAUGGGACGUGAGGACUGGACCCCUUCUCGACACCAGUACAUUUGCCAUGAACAUUUUGCCCCGUCGUGCUUCAAGGUGUGCUGGGGGAUCCGUUACCUCGACAGUGAUGCCGUGCCAACCGUCUUCCUGGAGACCGAGAAACGGAAAGCGGCCGAUCACAGCGAGAUGAAGCCAAAGCGCCUCAGAGCUGACAAAAAUCAAAACUUCACAGUGUCAGAUGAUAGGAUGACAGCCUCCGAUCCGGUAGACAUGCAAAGUGAGCUGCAUACGGUUCGCCUGUUUGAGUUUGCUGUCAGCUCAUCGCAACAAGGAGAAACCGGAUUGAUGGAGUCGAGUGACAGUUCUCACCAGACAGACAUGAACUCGCAAGUAUCGGUUGAUGGAGCCAAGCCGGGUGUAAACUUUCCACUAACUUUAUAUCAGACAGUAGAUGAUUUAAUGAACAGCGGAGGGAGUGCAGAGGUGGUGAUGAUGUCUGAGAGUUCUGCCGAGGACGGGCAAGUUGAGCUUGUAAAUGGAAUCACUGCUGCCCUUUUAAGCCAGGGCGGCACCCUGGUCCUUAACGAGCUAAUGCUUGGCUGCACUGAACACCCUGUGGCCCCUCCCGGAGUUCAGGACCUCAUUUCCACCACCGAAGAUUUCCUGCAAGUCCACGACAGUCAAGAAGUUGUUGCUUACUUUGAGACGAUACCGAACGUUCUUCCCAGCGGAACGUCGACCCCGUUCACCUUCCCCUCCGACACAUUGCUGUCGUCCGCUCUGAGCUCCAAGCCCAUCUCAUCCACUCUGCCUAUCGUGUCCAAACACGUUCCACCUUCAUCGCUCGUCCUCACUCUGGAACGGCUGGACAGGGAUGAGGGAGAGGAAGGUGAAGGUGAAGGCAUGUCAGAACCAGAUGAGACGGAGCAGGAGAAUCACCAGCUGGAGGAGCAUUGCUACCACAAGAACAGUUUGAGUAAGGAGCAACUGGAGGCGAUCGUGGCGGCGCUGCAGAAAAAGGUGAAGGUUCUGCAGCAGCGACACCGCCGACACCUGGAGAAGCUCCUGGGGCUGGAGAACACUGUGAGCCAGCUGAGGCAAAGCAACAUCCUCAACGAAGAGCGGCUGCAGCUGCUAGAGAGGGCGUAUUUGCAGACCAGUGCAGCUUCCUCAGACGCUGGCGAGACUGUGGCCAUCAUCUACGAGGAGGACGACGCUGCGUACUUUUACACUCCACUGAACAAUACAGGGACAAUGUUGAACGUGGACGACAAAUGACUUUGGAUAUCUUCUGUGUGUCUGUGCCAAAAAAGUAACUAAAGGAGCUAAUGUUGUUUAAAACAAAUUAGAACAUCAUAUAUGAUCGAAAUGGCAUGAUUUUUUUUAUUCCUUCUGCUGUGAGCUUUGCACAAAUACAAAUAAUUAACGAGGCAAUACUGAAAGUUUUUGUUAGGGUGUUUGCUUUCUACUCCAACUCUCGUUUCACAGAUUUUGCUUAUUAAUUCAGUUUUCUUUAUGAAAAUUUACAGAUCAUUAAAAAUGAAUUUACAAUAA